AUAACUCAAGAACAUUGAGGUUAGGGGAAACACCAAGAGUGAAGCUUCCAUUUUCAAUCAAUAACUAAGCAUGGUGGUGGCUAAGGCUUCUUCUUCUCCUUCUCAUCCUCUCACAAAUAAUGUCUUCCCUUGUUCCAUCAUUGAUGCUCAGAAGGGUGAUCCAUUGGCAUUUGAGUCAUACUGGAAGCAGAUGAAUGACGAGUGUACGGUAGUGAUUAAAGGAUGGGAGUUGAUGAGUUACUAUAGCGAUUUGAGUAACAUGUGUUGGUUCAUGUUGCCAGAACUCAAAGAUGUCAUUGAAAGAAUUCACCAUUUGGUUGGAAAUGCUGUGACCAAAGAUAGAUACAUAGUCGUUGGAAAUGGUUCAUCUCAGCUCUUUCAAGCUUCUUUGUUUGCUCUGUCUCCUUUAGAUGUCCCUGAUCACCCUGUCAAUGUUGUUGCUGCCGCUCCCUAUUACUCGGAAUACAAGAAUGUGAUUAAUAUAUUGAAUUCAAGGAUGUUUCAAUGGGGUGAUGAUGCUGCUGUGUAUGAUAAAAACGAACCUUACAUCGAGGUGGUGACCUCCCCGAACAACCCUGACGGGACUCUUCGUGAACCGGUGGUGAACUCUGUAGCUGAAGGGAAGUUGAUUCAUGAUUUGGCGUAUUAUUGGCCGCAAUUUACUCCGAUUACUCACGAGGCUGAUGAUGAUGUUAUGCUCUUCACAUUCUCCAAAUGCACCGGUCAUGCUGGUUCUCGCAUCGGAUGGGCUAUUGUGAAGGACAUUGAAGUUGCUAAAAAGAUGGCAACAUUUGUGCAGUCGAGUUCGAUGGGGGUGUCAAAAGAAUCCCAAACACGAGCUGCCAAGAUCAUUGGAGUGGUUUGUGAUGGUUACCAAAAUUUCAAGUCCAGUGAAUCUGAACUCUUCUUUGAAUAUAGCAAACGUCUCGUGAAGGAAAGGUGGGAGAAAUUUAGGGAAGCUGUUGAGCAAAGCAUGGUUUUCACUGUAACCAAGUAUCCAAAGGCUUACUGUAACUUCACCAAUGAGAUAUCUGAAACAUACCCUAGUUUUGCUUGGCUGAAAUGCGAGGGAAACGAAGAUGGUCAUAACUAUCUAAGAAAAUUGAAUAUUUGUUCAAGAGAAGGGGAACGAUUUGGUGCUGAUUCAAAGUUUGUUAGGGUUAGUAUGCUUGGCAUGGAUGAUGAUUUCAAUGAAUUGGUAAAGAGGCUAUCAAAUGUUAAAAUAGAAUAAGAUCGAUUGAUGGAAGUAAAAUAAGGGUGUUUCAACAGUGCCUUGAAAAAACUUUAGUGUUUUGGUACUGUUUGUUGAUUACAAAUUCAAUAAAAUUGAAGUUAUGAAUUAUACUUA